AUGGGUACUGUCAACUCAAUCACGCAGUGCUUCCCUUCACGACGUACCUACACCCAAGCAUCACCCAGCCGCGAGACACAGGAAGUCGCAUCUAACGUCGUCACAAUCAUCCUAACCAGCGAUACACCGUAUGCGAUCAAGAAACGUCUCGAUGAGUCUAUCAGAACAACCAGCUGGACCGAGUCGCUAGCACAUGCCAUUCUCCGUGGUCUUGAGAAUGCCAUCGAAACCGGCGCACAGGCGGCCGAAGCAGCAUCCAAAGCACUUGCUCGAGCUACAAGUGAGGCCUUCGAGUUCUCCCGUGAACAUCCUAUCUUCGUUACUAUCCUUGCUUUAGGUGGGCCAUUUUAA